AUGGCUGAUAAUGUUCAAACUGAGGGAGUAAACUUAACAUUACGUAGUAGACGAACGAUAUUAAUUGUAUUGAGUAGUAUAUAUUUUGGUACAUCCGCAGCUUACUCACUCCUUUCACCAUUUUUCCCAGAGGUGGCUCAUCAAAGGGGAGUGGGAACUGUCUAUAUUGGCUUAAUAUUUGCAAUCUAUCCACUUGCUAAAGGCCUAACAUCGCUAGUAAUCGGAGUAAUACUACCCUACGUAAGCAUAGUCUAUCUGUUAUGGGCUGGCCUAUUUUUGGAAGCUUGUGGCACAAUGAUAUUUGGAUUUCUCCCUCAUAUUCUUGACACGACAACAUUUAUAGUCUUUUGCUUCGUUACAAGAUGGAUUCAAGGAAUGGGUGCAGCAUCAUAUCAAACAUCUGCUUAUGCUUGUGUAGCUUCAGUAUUCUCAGAUUCACUAGCUACAACUAUAGGAAUAUUGGAAACCUUUACAAGUCUAGGCUUUGUAGCAGGACCUCCUAUUGGCGGACUGUUAUACAAGGCAGGUGGUUAUGAGUUGCCAUUUGUUGUUAUAGCAAUAUUUUUGCUUAUAGCUUCUUGUGUUAUUGCUUUUACAAUGCCGCGGAUGAAAUGUUUCGGUGUCGCUUUAUUUAUUGCCAGUUCUGGUUUUAUAUUCCCACUACUAUCAUUGCACAUAAAACCGCUCAGGCUGACGAUACCUCAAAUUGGACUUGUAUUUCUAAUCUUGCCUGGAGCCUUUGGAUUGUUCUCUUUCGUUGCUGGAAUCAUUGCAGAUAAAAUCGUAAGCCAUAGUUUGCUACCUUUGCUCUAUUCUCUGCAAACUCAAGCUUUAAUGCUUGCAAUUGGUUUACAAUUCCUUGGACCAGCAACAUAUUUGCCCAUUCGAUUGAGUGUAACGCAGACUAUAUUAGCUAAUGUUGGAUUAGGAAUUGGAUUGGCUAUCGCCUUUGUCCCUUCUUAUACUGACGUGUUAAAAUCAGCUAGAGAACGUUUUGGUCAACAUUAUGACGAAUUUGUUAUUAACUCCAUUACGUCUGGACUUUUUAGCGCCUCCCUCGCAGUUGGGCAAAUCAUUGGUCCUGCAGUUGCUGCAGCCGUACCUAACGUUGAUGUCGGUUUCGAUUGGGCUACAGCGAUCUUUGGUUUCGCCCUAUUCGGCCAGGCAAUUCUUGUUAUUAUCUUAACCGUCGUGGAGAAUACUUUCAUGCAUCAAGCAGCAGGACAAGCAUCUCAUGCCAAGGAGAAUGUCAACAAUAAAAGCAUUGACUCUAACGUGGAUAAUGAAGAAAGUAAACCAUUGCUAACAUAA